AUGAAAACAAAAGUGUUCACAGCAUUGACUGAACGCCAGCUACUUGAAGAAAUGAAUGAAUCUCUUACGAAGUCUCCAGUGUCAACUAGAAGUGCUGUAAAGGCUCUUAAUAAUUUGUUUUACAUGCUAAGCACAAGAAAGCUGUCCGAAGCAACGAUCAGAAAUGUAUAUGUUGCACUCUUAAAGGGAUUUCAAUCCAAGGAUCUCUAUCUGAAACUCUGUAUAUAUUCUGCCAUCGAAAAAAUGUCUAAACUUACUGAUGAAGGCUUAGUCGGAAUCAACGUACUAAUGAAUGAUUUAAAUGGAAAGAUUCCUGAUGAUGCUAAAGCAAUGACUCUGAGAACCUUAUUCUCCAUUAUACCAUUUGAAAUGGUUUAUGACUUUAGGAAGUAUAUAAAUCAGGCUUUUGUAUCAACUUCAAUGGCCAGAAGAGACAUGUCUGUUGUUGUGGCUUACAGAUUGCUUUGCGACAAUUUUACACAAGUAAAAAAGUGGCUAGAAGGAGUUGAAUUUACUGGAAGUCCUUUGAUGGACUACCACAUUGCUGGGUUUUUAGCACAAUCAAGGAGGCUUCAACUGAGCUCUGUUGAGAAUCUUAGAGGCCCUGCAGGGAUAGUUGGGAUCCGAAUGGCUGAGGAUGUGGUGAGGGAAAACAGUGAGGCACUCGUUAUUCUCAGAAAGUUCCUCAACUCGAAAUUCUGUGAUGAGGUUGUAUUCAUGGAGGCAGCAAAGAUAGUUUCGGGGCUUAGCGAAGAAUAUGGAUCACAGUUUGUUGAUCAAACAAUCCAGUCCUUACGAAUAUUUCUUAGAUCCACCAACAUGGUUCUACAGUUUACUGCUAUGAGAAUUAUCUCACAACUUGCACAGAAAUAUCCCCAAAAGGUUUCUGUCGCCAAUAAGGAAAUUGAGGAUCUUGUAUCGUCCGAAAACAAAUCCAUUUCCAUGUUUGCAAUCACUUCCUUGCUCAAAACAGGAACAGAAGAGACAAUCGAUAAGCUUGUGAACUUAAUUCCGAGCAUGGUUCAUGAUAUGAGUGACGGGUUUAAAAAGAUUGCAAUUGAGACGCUAGAGUCACUAAGUAACCUUUUUGAGUCGAGGAAAACACUGUAUAUCGACUUUCUAGGUAGCUCGCUAUUACAAAAAGGAGAACUGGAAUUCAAGAAAUACAUAAUUGAUGUCAUUUCAAGAGCUACAAGAGAUGACGAUACAAGAGAAAGAAUUCUCGAGAUUCUUUGCACAUAUAUUGAAGACUCUCAAUACUACCAAAUAACUCUGGACAUUCUUGGGAUACUCAGCAGAGAAAUUCCUAGAUCGAAAACGCCUGCAAAGUAUGUUGUUCAUGUACUGAAUAGACUCAUUUUAGAGAACAAUCAUGUAAGGGCAGGUGCGUUACAAUGUCUAUACAACAUCUCCUCUGUUGUUUCUCCAUUAACUGUUGAAAAUGCAAUGAAAAGAUGCCUUAAUGAUCAGGAUGAAUCAAUUAGAGAAAUUGCGGCCUUUUUGUUGAGAAAUAUGAAAUUAUCAAGAGUAUAUGAGCCUUUUAGCUUCGAUGAACUUGGAGAUCUUAAAGCCCGUGUGCUCCAGUAUGUAGGGAAGCCAUGUGAAGACAAAGAAGUUGAAAAGGAUCCUUUGAUAAAGAAUUGUAGAGAAUUGGUUCUUACAGAAGCCAACGGAGAUGUGCAGAUAAAAGUUAUUAAGAAGGUUUAUGAGGAUAAGCUGGUGUUUUCAUUUUCAUUGAAGAAUAACCUUGAAGGAAUUCAGAUAUGUGAUGGGAUGUUAAAUCUUGUUAGUUCUGAUUGUGAAAAGAGAAGCUUGAGUAUAAAGAUUGAUCAAAUAGACCCAUUGAGUUUUCUUUCCAUUGAAAGAGAAUGGGACGUAAAGGAAGGGUGCGUGAUUAAUGGUGCAUUCGACUACACCAUUUGUGUAGAGGGAGACAUGUCUGAUACCGAAACAGAUUCGAUUUCUUUUCAUCCCUUCCAGAUAACUGCUUUGGACUUCGUGAGGCCUGUUAGAAUAAUGAAAAACCCAGAGAAAAAGAAUGAGAUUACUUUUAAUCUCCAAGGAGAUAUCUACUCUGCAGGGAAAAAGGUCUUAGACCUUUUGAACAUGAAGAUAAUAAGCCAGGAGACAGAAAAAAACACGAUGAUAGUUCUGUUGCAUGGGGAGUAUUACAAAACCCCUAUCGCCAUACAUGUGAAUCUGGUCCAUAAUGUAGCCUGCAAAUGUGUUGUUGAUGUAUAUUGCGAUGAUGAGCAUGUGGCACAAAAAAUUACCAAACUAUUCGAUUGA